AUUUGAGCGGGAUUCGACUAAUACUCAAAAAGAGAAUGACAGCCGAUGAAGAGAGUGAACCAUUGAUACCAGCAACGAAAGCUGCUUCUAGUAGUAAUAAGCAGCAACAAAGAGUCUCCUACCAUGCGAUUUUGUUUGAAAAUAAUGAACAAUUUACGCUGGAAGGUGAAAGUCCAGAGACGACCUUAUGCAUGGAACCUAUUUUCCAUUCAUCGACCAGAAUAUCACAACUAUGCGGUACUCCGAAUGACAAGAUUACAUACACUUGGAGCGACAUAAAUGCAUACGUUACUGCAAGAAAGGACACAAUAUGGGACCGUACUCUUUUUAAAAAUAAAAGACCACUGGAACAAAGGCAUAUACUAAAAGAUGUAUCUGGAGUGGCCUAUCCUGGUGAAUUGUUAGUAAUUAUGGGAUCAUCAGGUGCAGGAAAAACAACCUUGUUGAAUGCGUUAACUUUUCGAUCUGGUCCUGAUGUCACAGUAUCGGGAUUGAUGGCCGCCAAUGGUAAAAGAGUGUCGUCAAAAGUUCUAACAUCUAGGACAGCAUAUGUACAACAAGACGAUCUUUUCAUCGGAACUUUGACUGUUAAAGAACAUUUGCUUUUUCAAGCGAUGGUUCGUAUGGACAAAUAUAUAUCUUUUGAGCAAAGAAAAAAAAGAGUUAACGAGGUCAUUAACGAGCUUGCUUUAACGAAAUGUAAAAAUACAAUAAUUGGAAUGCCGGGUCGCAUGAAAGGUCUCUCGGGUGGUGAAAUGAAGAGACUCUCUUUUGCUUCAGAAGUUCUUACUGAUCCACCCUUGAUGUUUUGCGACGAACCAACUUCCGGUCUUGAUUCUUUUAUGGCGCAUCAGGUUGUCUCUGUUCUAAAAACCUUAACAGCACGUGGUAAAACAAUCAUUGCAACACUACAUCAACCAUCCUCCGAAUUAUUUACUCUUUUUGAUAAAAUUCUGUUAAUGGCCGAGGGAAGGGUCGCUUUCAUGGGCACAACGACGCAAGUUUGCGACUUCUUUAAAACAUUAGGAGCUGCCUGUCCUAGUAAUUACAAUCCUGCCGAUUAUUUCAUUCAAGUUCUUGCCGUGGUACCUGGACGAGAAGCAUCAUGUAGGCAUUCGAUAAACACAGUUUGCGAUACUUUUCAAAAGAGCGAAUAUGGAUUGAAAAUAGCUUUGGAAGCUGAGACAGUGAAUGGUGAAUUUGAGAAUUCUCUUAAAGAGGCAAUAUAUCCGAAUAAUAUGAAAUCACCCUAUAAAGCCUCAUGGUGCGAACAAUUUUGUGCUGUAUUAUGGAGAUCUUGGCUUGCGGUGAUUAAAGAACCGAACCUCAUCAAAGUCCGCCUUUUGCAGACUAUACUAGUUUCACUGUUAAUUGGUAUCGUCUAUUUUAAUCAACGGUUGGAUCAAGACGGUGUAAUGAACAUCAACGGUGCCCUUUUCAUUUUUCUAACAAAUAUGACCUUCCAGAACGUUUUCGCUGUGAUUAACAUAUUUUGUGCUGAACUUCCGGUAUUUUUAAGAGAACACCGCAGUGGCAUGUAUCGUACGGACGUUUAUUUCAUUUGCAAAACACUGGCAGAAGCACCGAUUUUUAUAGCUAUUCCUUUAUUGUUUACAAUAAUCGUUUAUCCAAUGAUUGGUUUAUAUUCCGAUGUGAAUCAUUUUUUUAUUACCGUUGGCAUUGUAACUCUUGUUGCCAACGUUUCUACUUCAUUCGGCUAUCUCAUAUCAUGUAUUAGCACCAACAUUUCAAUGGCUCUCUCGAUAGGACCUCCAGUGAUAAUACCUUUUCUAUUAUUUGGAGGAUUUUUCUUAAAUGCAGGAUCCGUACCACCAUACUUUGAAUGGCUCUCAUAUUUGUCCUGGUUCCGAUAUGGAAACGAGGCUCUUCUUAUUAAUCAAUGGGCAGAUGUAGAGACAAUAGAAUGUACCAGAAGUAAUUCGACCUGUCCAAAAAGUGGACAUAUGGUUCUUCAAAUCUAUAAUUUCAAGCAAGAAAAUUUUUGGAUGGAUAUAGUUUGUUUAUUUUCUCUGAUCAUAGUGUUCCGUUUUCUAGCGUUUCUUGCUUUAUUAUCGAAGACACGUCGUGCGUCUCAAAUUCAUAACGCUAUCCACAAGUAUAAUCAAGGGGUUAGCGAAGCAUUUCAAGACUCAUGUAGUCUGUUCAGUACCGCAUGCGGUGGUGACACAUCGGACAAUCAUCUAAAAUUUGUGAUUAUCAUUAUGACGAACGAACAAUUGAUCGAUAUGACUGUGAUAAAGAAACCUUUAAUUCUAAAACCAUCAAAUAGUAAAAAUUCAUCCGGAGCAACACUUUUUUGGCGAGAUCUUUCUGUAUACGCGAUGAAACGUAAUGGAAAAACCAUAGACAAACAACUUAUAAACAACGUGCGAGGAGUGAUAAAACCUGGAGAUCUAACAGCUAUAUUAGGAGGCAGUGGAUCUGGGAAAACAUCGUUAAUGACAGCAUUGGCACUUCGUACAGGACCUGGUAUUGUGGUGCACGGUGAUAUCCGUGUGAACGGUGUUCCAAUCGGAUCAUCUUAUAUGAAACAUAACAGUGGUUUUAUGCAUCAGGAAGAUAUGUUUAUUGGAACGAUGACCGUUUUGGAACAUCUGUGGUUUAUGGCUCGAAUGAAAUUCGACAGAAGGGUACGAAAUCGCGAAAUUCAUGGAAAAAUUGAAAGUUUAUUACGUGACGUUGGUUUGAUUUAUAGAUGUAACGUUCGUAUUGGUGAUAAUGACGAUGGAAAGAUUUUAUCGGGUGGAGAAAAGAAAAGGCUUGCUUUUGCGACGGAAUUGCUCACGGAUCCAAAGAUAUUAUUUUUAGAUGAACCAACAACGGGACAAGAUGCACAUUCUGCUAGCUUUUUGAUAUCAGAAUUAACGUCAUUUGCAGCGAAAGGUCGAACAGUUUUAUGUACCAUACAUCAACCGAGCUCUGCAAUUUUUGAUUGUUUUCGACGAAUUAUACUCGUUGCUGAUGGAAGAAUUGCAUUUGCUGGUACCAAUGAACAAGCUAUUCGCUUUUUUGCAAGUCAAGGUUACGAAUGUCCACAAACCUACAAUCCCGCUGAUUUCCUUGUUGCAACUCUUGCGAUUGUUCCAAGAGAUGAGGGCAGUAGUAGAAUAACUGCACAAAGAAUUUGUGAUGCUUUUCUCACAAGUGAAGCAUGUAAGGAAGUGGAUGUUAACAUACAAUUGGAAUUGCAUAUAGCUAAAACCUAUCAUUGGAGAAAUGACGUUUUACUUACAAACGAGUUCAAGCAAUUACAAUGUUGGUUGAAGCUUUUUUGGAUGGUCCAUCGUGGUUUUAUGCAAGUGUUAAGAAAUCCAUCAUUACAGCUAAUCAGAAUGUUUCAAAAAUUGUGUGUAGCAACAAUGGCUGGACUUUGUUUUGUGGGUGCAGUGAAUUUGGAUCAACUGGGAAUACAAGCUGUACAGGGUGUUAUUUUUAUUUUAGUUUCUGAAAAUGCAUUUUUUCCAAUGUAUGCUACUUUAUCUUUAAUACCACAAGAACUCCCACUUUUUCUCAGAGAAUACCGUGCUGGAAUGUAUUCUAUUUAUCUUUAUUACUUUGCAAGAAUAUUAUCUUUGGUAAAUUUUAUUCUAUACCAACUAUAAACAAUAAGUAAAUGUAUAAAUAUGAAACAUAUAAAUUAUUAAUUUCAGAUCCCUGGACUAAUACUGGAACCAAUAUUAUUUACAACAAUAGUUUAUUGGCUUUCUGGAUUACGUGCAACAACUGAUGCUGUGGUUUCAACUAUGAUAGUUAUUAUAUUUACAAUAAAUGUAUCAACUGCUUGUGGAUGUUUCUUUUCUGUGGCAUUUGAUUCUGUACCAUUAGCAAUGGCAUAUUUGGUGCCAUUCGAUUACAUUCUCAUGGUCAGUAUGGGUCCUUUUAUCAAGUUAAGUACAUUGCCAAUUUAUGUACGUUGGAUAAGAUACAUUUCAUGGCUCUUACAAUCGACAGAGACUCUCUCUAUUAUUCAAUGGAGAGGUGUAUAUAAUAUAUCCUGUGAGGUUGUUAAUGAAGACUUACCUUGCAUGACAAAUGGAACAGAAGUAUUAGAACAUUAUGAUUUUGACGAGAACAAUUUUUGGAUGAAUAUAAUAUCUAUGACUGUUAUUUAUAUCGCAUUUCAUAUUUUUGGUUAUGUUUUACUUCGAAGACGAUGCAAAUCAAAUUGAUUUAAUUAAAUGUACAUAUAUCAUUGCAAAUAUUGUAAAGAUAUUAAAACUUAAAGUAAAAAAUAAAUUAUAUUUAUAAUAUUUAUAACAAA